ACUAAAAUAAUACCACGAAAUUGGUAACUACCGGUAAUUACACGUUUCAUACUAAAAAUGUAAACGCUAUCAGCUGUUUUUCAAGUGAAAUUGAUUACGUGAACAGUAAAUUAAUAUAUGUGAUAAAUAUGAGUAUAUCGUAAUUUGUUAGUGUAAAAUACUUUUUGUACAACUCUUGUCUGUGAUGAAAUAUAUUCUUUAAUUUAUAACUAUUGUUAAUUGUAUUUAAAAUGUUGGAUCUUUUUACAAUAUUCAGCAAAGGAGGCAUUGUCCUUUGGUGCUUCCAAAGCACCAGUCAAAUUACUCAGUUCUUUGUACCCUCAGUUAAUUCGUUGAUUAAAACUGUUAUUCUUCAGGAAAGAACAAGUAGUAAUAACAAUUAUGAGCAAGAUUCUUUAUCAUUAAAAUAUAGAUUGGAUAAUGAAUUUGAUUUGGUGUUUGUGAUAGCAUUUCAAAAAAUACUGCAACUAUCGUACGUAGAUAAAUUUUUGGACGACAUACAUUUGGAAUUCAGAGACAAAUAUAAAAAUGACUUGGCUCGGAAAAAUUAUUUUAUGGAAUUUGAAUUUAGUAAAAAUUUCCAAGAAGUUCUUAAAUCUGCUGAAGAGUGGGGAAGGGUUCAAGCUUGUAUUCCAAAGCAAAUGCGUACAUUUAAUGAAUCUAUAAAAUCAAAAAAAACUAUAGCAUCUAUGAUUGAACGAAAAGGAGAUGAUAAAGAAAAUAAAAAAAAUGUGAAAAUAACAGAAACUCAAAAAAAUGAUAAAGAAAUUAACCAUAGUGAUAUUUCAUUUAACGAAGAAGAUAUAAUCACCCAAAACCGAUUAAAAAUGGCUCAAAAAAUGGGUACUAUAAAUUCUAAUAAAUUGAAAAAAAAUAAAGAGAAGGUACCAAAACCUUCUCCCAAAGCAACUAAACAACCUCGUACCUGGCCAUUAGGUGGAAGUAUAAAAGAUAUAAGCACUUUAGAUUACACUAAAGAUAAGCCAAAUAAUAAUGCUGAUAGCCCAAUUGAAAUAGAAACAAACAAUGAAAUUGUUGGAAAAAUGGUUGGUGGAAUUAAGGAUAUAGAAAUUGAUAGUGAGAGUGAUGAGGAAGAUUCUAAUGAAAAAUUUGAAACUGCUGCUGAACGUAAACAAAAAAGUGAUAGUAAAAGAAGUGUAUUUUCUUUAUUCAAGGGCUUGGUUGGAAAAAAAAAUUUGACCGCAGCUGAUAUGGAUCCAGUAUUGGAAAAACUUAAAGAACAUUUAGUAGCAAAAAAUGUAGCUAUUGAAAUAGCCACUAAACUUUGUGACUCUGUUUCUUCUAAACUUGAAGGAAAGGUUCUUGGUUCAUUUGAAUCAGUAGCAACAACUGUAAAGAAUACUAUGGUUGAAUCUCUAGUACAGAUUUUAUCACCAAAACGUAGGAUAGAUAUAUUACGAGACGCAAUAAUGGCAAAGAAAAAUGAAAAGCCUUAUGUAAUGGCUUUUUGUGGAGUAAAUGGUGUGGGAAAGUCUACAAAUCUUGCAAAAAUUUGCUUUUGGUUGAUUGAAAAUAAUUUGAGAGUAUUAAUCGCAGCUUGUGAUACAUUCAGAGCUGGUGCUGUUGAACAAUUAAGAACUCACACUAAACAUCUAAAUGCACUUCAUCCUGCAAAAAAACAUAAUGAUCAACAAAUGGUACAAUUAUACGAAAAGGGAUAUGGAAAAGAUGCAGCUGGAAUUGCUAUGGAAGCAAUCAAUUAUGCCAAGGAAGCCAAGUAUGAUGUGGUUCUUGUAGAUACAGCUGGUAGAAUGCAAGAUAAUGAACCAUUAAUGCGAGCUUUAACCAAAUUAAUCAAAGUAAAUGAACCUGAUAUGGUUUUAUUUGUUGGUGAAGCAUUAGUUGGCAAUGAAGCUGUUGAUCAGCUAGUAAAAUUUAAUCAAGCCUUAGCUGAUUAUUCCUCUUCAGUGACUCCGCAUUUAAUUGAUGGAAUUGUAUUGACAAAAUUUGACACUAUUGAUGAUAAGGUAGGAGCUGCUAUUUCAAUGACAUACAUCACAGGUCAGCCAAUAGUAUUUGUGGGAACUGGUCAAACUUAUACAGAUCUCAAGUCAUUGAAUGCUAAAUCAGUAGUUGCUGCUCUUAUGAAAUGAAAGUAUUUAUUGCUAUACAUAACUUACAUUUAAACAGUAUCAUAUUAAUAACUUAAUUUAUGUCUAUUUGAAAUCUUUAAUUUUUUUUUGUAAUUUGGUGAUAAUCUGUUG